AUGGAGCGCUCGGAGGCCUACUUCUUCUCGGCGGCCUUCAGCGGCGCCUUCCUGGCCUCCUGCCUGCUCUUCUCGGGCCUCAGCCGCCAGCAGCGCGCGCCCUACAUGGACGAGGCCUUCCACGUCGCUCAGGCCCAGGCCUACUGCGAGGGACGCUUCCAGCAGUGGGACCCAAUGAUAACAACACUACCCGGUUUAUAUCUGGUGUCAGUGGGAAUUGUGAAGCCUGCCGCAUGGCUCUUUGGGUGGUCUGGAAGCAUCAUCUGCUCGACAGGAAUGCUCAGAUUCAUUAAUCUUCUCUUCAGCAUUGGGAACUUCUAUCUGCUAUAUUUGCUUUUUUGCAGGAUGCACCAUAAAAAGGCUGCCUCUGGCUUCCAAAGAAUCUUAUCGACCUUGACAUUAGCCAUUUUUCCAACUCUUUAUUUUUUUACAUUCCUUUAUUAUACUGAUACAGGAUCUACAUUUUUUACUCUUUUUGCAUACUUAAUGUGCCUGUAUGGCAAUCACAAAACCUCCGCCCUGCUUGGAUUUUGUGGCUUCAUGUUUCGUCAGACGAACAUUGUAUGGACUGCGUUCUGUGCUGGAAGUCUUGUGGCACAAAAACUUAGUGAAGCCUGGAAGGCAGAACAAUCAAAAAGCAAAGACCAAAAGAACUUUGCCCCAAAGGGGUCCUUCGGAGAACUAAUGAAGGCCAUCAGGUUUCUCCUUGAAUACCUCACUUCAUUUAAAAACCUGAGCACACUUAUUCGUCUGACUUGGCCAUACAUUGUUUUAGUGAUGGUGUUUUUAAUUUUUGUGGUCCUCAAUGGUGGCAUUGUGGUAGGUGACAGGAGUAGCCAUGAAGCCUGUCUUCAUUUCCCCCAGCUCUUCUACUUUCUUUCUUUUACUCUCUUUUUUUCCUUUCCUCACUUGCUUACCCCAAGCAAAAUUGUGAAUUUUUGUCAUUCUGUGAAGUCACAUUUAUUGCAAUAUACCAUCCUCAUCGUUGUCUCUUUGUUCUUUGUGUGGAAGUUUACAUUUGCCCAUAAAUAUCUGCUUGCAGAUAACAGACAUUACACAUUUUAUGUGUGGAGAAAAAUAUUUCAGCGACAUGAACUUGUGAAGUACUUAUUAGUUCCAGUCUAUAUAUUCGCUGGCUGGAGUUUCACAGAUGCACUCAAGUCGAAAUCCAUCUUCUGGAAUUUAGUGUAUUUUGUAUGUUUGUUUGCAGCUACAAUUCCCCAGAAGCUGCUAGAAUUUCGUUAUUUCAUUUUGCCAUAUAUGAUAUUUAGACUGAACAUUCCUAUGCCAUCAACUUUGAAACUUUUCCUCGAGUUCAUAUUGUAUCUUUUGGUGAAUGCAGUAACAUUCCAUUUAUUUUUGAACAAACCAUUUCAGUGGCCAGGUAGUGAGGAAAUACAGAGAUUCAUGUGGUAAAGUUUUCAAGAAGACCAAAUUCUAGGACUUCUUUUAGAAAACGAGGCUGUAAACUUAGAAAACAAAAUAUCUCUCUGUGUGGGUUUUUUGUGAUUGGGAUUGAUUGAAAAAUCUGAUGCACUAUCUUUGCAACUGAACUAUUAUUAUUUUUUAAUAAAUGUAACUUGUUGAGAAUCAGUGAACAUUACAUCAGGGAGAUUUCAUUCAUAUAUCCGAACCACUGUGAAUGAAGGGAUUUGUUUACAUUAUAGUCAUUUUAAAUGUCUUACCGUGGAAAUGUAUGCAAUGUAUCCCUAUGUGUUUUAGUUGUAUGUAACAUACAACUGGAAGCAGUAUAAAUAAGGCCAAGAGGUUUUGAUUUUCAUAUUGUUUUGGUGUUGUUUUAUCCACUUUUUUGUUUUGUGACAAUCACCUGUGACAAUGCCCAUUGAAUAAUCCCUAAAUUGUAUGACCAGACUGAAAGGUUAAUUUUUCUAGGCUCCAUUGUGAGUCAAGACACUAAAAAAUAAAUUUAUUUACCAUAUUUUUACCCCGCCCUUCUCAACCCCAAGGGGGAUAUGAGCAGGAACUCAUGAAGUGCUCAUCAUAAGAAAAAUGACAGAUGAAAGUAGCACAAAGAUUAUAGCUUUUACCUACUCACCUGGUAGUUACAGCCAAUCUUUCACCAAUUGAAAUCAGUGGGACUUUCUUCUAGAUAGACGUGGAUAAGAUUGCUUUAUAAAAUAGUCUGUUAUACUGGAUGGUUAUAGUUAAUCUAAUAAAUGCUGGAUUCUAGUAGAUUUGCAUAUGGGGCACUCUAAAUAGAAAGUUGUUUUGCAAAACAUAAAAUAUAGAAUGUGUUAAAAUGCAUUGUUAACUAUUUAAGAUAACAGUUUUAUGUACACCUUUUCAGGAUUAUGACUCAUUAGAUACAAUGAGUCCUAAACGACUUCUGAGGCGACAGGGUAGGGUUUUCAGCAGUGCUGCAUUCCUACAUAUUCUAUUUUUACUUGAAAUUAUUCCACUGAACACAGUAGGAAUUCAGCAGAAACAGGUUUAGGAUUGGGCAUUUAAAUCCUUAUUUCACUUUCUUGGCUAACUCUUAUAGAGUUGUAUUCAUUACACCACUUCUCCAUUAGGAGCAAACAAUUGGAACAAUGCUUAGAAAUAGAUGAAGAAUUUUUCAAGGGGUUCCACUUCACUUUUUAUGGGCUGCCAGUCUCUAUAAAGUGCUAGAAUUAUGAUUUUCAUUUUUUACUUGCUUAGCUUGCUGUUGGCAACUCAACUUGGCCAGCUAGACAUGUAUGGUUUCUUUUUGAAAGAAUAAAGUAGGAGAAAUGAAGAAUUCCAAAAGAAACAGGUAAUGUUGUAUACUGAACUGUUUCUUGCAAUUGUUGGGUAUAACCCAUGGAAUUAAGUAUGCUUGAAAACCUAUUGAUUUCAGUGAGAUUAUGUGCUUCCAAAUCUGUGUUGGAUUGUGGUCAUUCAUAGAAUAGAAAGAAUAUUUUUAAUUAAAGGGAACAAAGUUGAAUUGAAACUGUAUUUUAAAAUCAGUGCAGUAAUUCUUUUUUAGUGUUGGGGAGUGCACUGAAUUUAGCGAAUAUUCCUGUUUUUCUUCUCUGGGAAAUCUCUCAAAGAAUUACAGUGAAGAAAGUAGGAUUGGAAUGCUCACUGGAAUGCAUUUCUAGCAUCCCUUGGCUUCUGCGUGUUGUUUGUGUGACUACAAAGACAAAAGUGGCAGUGGAUCUAUCAUGCGUUAAAAAUUCAUAGAGUAUAUUGACUCUGGCAUGCAUUUCUGCGUAUCUGGUGAGUACAUUUGUUUCACAAAGUUGGAAUACAUAUGAUGUAGAAGGUGGAUUGAUUCAUUUCCUGGAACAUGAUCUCUGUCAUUUUCCUCCCAUAGAUGAACAUCAUGCAAACCAGAGGGUUUUUUUGGUGAGGAGAUCAGAUUGCUUUUUGGUUAAAAUAUGAUCUGUUGGUGGCAUUCAGGUCUUGUGUAAGUGUGUAUUGAAUCCGGUCUCUUUAGGUGGCGAUGUUCUUUUGACUGUGCUCUGACUCAGCAUCCUCCUCUCUGAUUUCCCUCCUCUUUCUCCAUAUCAUUCCUGCCAUAAAAUUAAUGGAAUGGUUAUUUUACCGCAUGAGACAGCUUGGAAAUGCUUCUUCUGUUUAUUUAGAAAUCAGUUGCUCUGGCUGUCAGCAAAAUCCCAUGCAUCCUCAAGAUAGAGAGGAGACAGUGUGACAAUAGAUAUCCCUACUAUUCGUUGGAUUCCAGCCUUGAAUAAUUACUGGGCAGCUAGUGAGGCUGAUUUUGGAAUGAGGAUACAUCCAUUUCUCCUAUAUCUUGAACUCCCUGCCUGCUGUCCACUUAAGAAGAUGUCUUAGUUUUUCUUGUAAUGCUGUGGAACUAUGAUGUUUUGGUAUUUCAGAUUCAAAAGAAAUAUGGACCUUAAAACCCACAGCGUAACUAUUUUGGGUGUGCUGUCCUUCUGCUUCAAAGGAGAACAAGCAUAUGGUAGAAAACCCCUAAAGACAGUACAGGGUACGCAUCUUCCACGUCAUUUGGCAAGAAUUCUAGCUUGUCUUGUUACAGUCAAAUGAGCUUUAGAUUUUUAUGGAAUCACAGUUGCAUAUUACAAUCUAAGGCCUUGAUCUCCAACCCACGUUGGUGUAACCCGCUAGUUUUUAAAAAAUAAAUGUACAAAAUCCCCAAAUAUGGUGAUUUUGAUCGAAUAAUAAAGAUUUUAAAAUAAUGUAUGUUAAAGAAUCCUGCUAAAUUUCAAGACUGAUGUCCAGAGUAUGGAGUUUCGGUAAACAGACAAAAUAUUGUACCUAUUCUGUGCUAGGUAUCAACAUUUUGAAAUAAAAAACAUGGGUACUUACUGCAUUGUUAAAGUAAAAAGCAGGUACAUUUCAAUUCUGUUCAAGCCUGGAAUGUAGUUGUUGAAAGCUGAGCCAGGAGACAUGCUGGGAUAAUGGAUACUGUUUCAUUUUUCUAAAGAAGUUCAUUUUAGUGGUGUAUAUCUGAAAAUAUUAUUGGAAAGACUUUGAUAAUUUCACAUUCCACAGUUACUUUGUGCUAAGCCAAAAUAAAAAGAAUACAAAUAGCUGGUUUAGGCAGCAGAAGCUUGUCUGCUUAUGGCGAUUCCUAAAUGAAAGCUGUGUCAUGCAAGAUACUGGUGUUUGACACUACAUUGUAAUGUGGACAUUAACGCACAAGAAGAUUUCAAAGAGAUGGUUAUUUUGGACACAGAGACCUUUUAGCAGUGUGAUGUUUCACUAAAGUUUGAUCUGAAGCCUAUCAGAGAUAGGGCUUCCUCAGGUUCAAUUAAAUCGUUGCUGGAGCUGUGUUUUUGCAAAAUGUGAAUUUAUUUAUCAUGUGAGAAGCAAAUUGAGAAGAUAGCAAUAAUGUAUAAAAAACCACAAAGUUAAAAACUUGGCAUUGUGCUAAAUUUCCUUUGACCAGAAGCUGGCCGCUUUGAGUGCCUCUGAUGUCGCUGUAAGAAGGUCCUCCAUUGUGCAUGUGGCAGGGCUCAGACUUCAUUGUAGUAAGUGGUCUGCAAUAUGCUCUUCUCCACACUUGCAUGUUGGGGACUCCACUUUAUAGCCCCAUUUAAGAUUGCUUCUGCAUCUCAUGCUGCCAGAGCGUAGUCUGAUCAGCGCCUUCCAAAUCACCCAGUCUUCUGUGUGCCCAGGAGGGAUUUUCUCAACCAGUAUCGGCCACUGAUUGAGGUUCUGGAUUUUUAUCUGCCACUUUUGGACUCUCACUUGCUGAGGUGUUCCUACAAGUAUCUCUGUAGCUCUUAGGAAGCUGUUUCUUGAUUUAAGUAGUUGGAAUGUUGGCGGAUAUCCCAACAGGAUGGGCUGGAGAUGUCAAUGCCUUGGUCCUUUCAUUGCUGCCUGCUACUUUCCAGCGGAUAUCAUGUGGUGCAAUACUGGCUAAACAGUAUAAUUUCUCUAGCAGUGUUGAGCAUAGACAUCCUGUGAUAAUGUGGCAUGUCUUAUUAAGAGCCACAACUGGGCAGAUUCUUCACUGUAGUGGAUGAGUUUUUAUUAAUAUCUAUUUAUAUCAUUGCCUAUAAUGAGACGAGUGGGUGACGUUUCUAUGAGCUGCAAAGAGCUUAUACUGUAUAGGGAAAGCCGGAUCCUCCCUUUUCACUACUUUUUAUCUUCACCUAGUUUUUAUUCCUUAAGAAAAUCCUUUGACGGGUGCUGAUAAAUGAAAUCUUUGCUAAUUAUGGAUUCCCCCAUCUAAAUGACUGAUAAUAGAAAAUUUAAAGAUGUUCUUGCAUUUAAAAAAAUCCCAAAUACUAGUUGAUUUACUAUAAUUUCACAUGGUGGUGCUAUUGAGCUAUAUUUCCAUACAUAGGGGUUUUUUAAAAUAAAAAAUAUUUUAUGCUACUUAGAGGGUUAUUGGGGUUAAAACAUUUGAUGUCUAUCACAUAUAAUUAUUUUCAAUAAUUCAUGUUCAUCCUUUAAAUAUGUUUUUCAAAAUAAGCUUUUUGAAUAUCAAUUUUUAAUAAUUUUGAGAACAAUGUUCAAAACUUGUCAUGUUUCAAAUGCUAGUUUAGUAGGAAGCUGAUUUAAUUUUUCAAAAACUCUUUUGCUUCAUAUCUACUGUAGUCACCCCACCACUGAGACAGAAAAUAUCUAGUUCUUUUCCCCCCAUAUGUUUUUUUUUUGCAGAUAUGAGGAAUGGGGAAGGGUAUAAGAGUGGAUAUAGAACGGGCAUUUUUAACAUCUUACAUCUUUGUCUUCUUCCAUUGUUAUCUAAUACAAAAAGGUUUCUAUGAUGUUAAAAAAAGAACACAAAAAAGAGAAUAUUUCUUUUCUAAUCUAAAACAGAAGGAAUGAAUUGCGGGUUUACAGUAUUUUGAGACGAAGAUAGAAAAGUUGAGAAAUGGAAAAUAGAAAGCCCCAACUAACGCUUCCUACCCCUUUCUUGCUAUCUUCUUCAUAAUAAAAAUAUCUAUCCCUUUUGUCAUAAAUCAUAUUAUCUCUGGUAGAUUAACUUUCCAGGAUAUCAUUGGGGAUCCUGUUACUCUUGUGACUAACUUCUCUUUUUUCUUGUUAUUCCUACAUCUCUGUACUACUAAUUUUAUCAUAAUGUUGUAAAAAAAACCCAAUAUUUUCAUUUUCAUUUCUUAUUUUAAAAGUCAAUAAAGGGCUGCCAUUCUUCAAAUUUGGAAGGAUCUGGCGAUUGCAUAAACCUAGUCAGUUUGUCCAUCUCUGCCAUGUCCAACUUUUUGUAAUCCCUAAAUCUUGGUGGGAAUUUUUUCUUGCUUCCAAUAGUAAAAAUGCUGCAAUUACCAUAUAUAAAAAGAGUAUCAGAUUUUUUUUGGUAGUGUUGAAUUUGUUAGUCCCAACAGAAGGGCUUCUGGCUUCUAGUAGUAUUUUAAUUUUUAAGAUGUUUUCAAUGUUCUUAUGAAUUAUAUUUGAUUUUUCCUUAUUUAGGACAUGUCCACCACAUGGUAAAAAGUUCCUUCUUUUUGAUGACAUUUCCAACAAACAUUUUUUUAAAUUUUAGUUCCAUCUUUGCUAAUCUUUCCAGCAUCAUGUACCACCUAUAUUGUCUUGUCAAAAUUUUCUUUUCAUCCAUAACAUCUUGUGAAGUCAAUCUUUUUUCCCACUUUUGUUCCCUUUUGUCUAGGUGGAUAUUAUGACCCACAUUCUUUGACCACUGAAUCAUACAAUAUGUAUCCAACUUAAUAUUUUAUCGACUCUUGCAGUUCGUUUUUUCUUAAACUGGAAAAAAUAUUAUCCUUUACAUUACCUUUCCAAUUGAUACUCAUCUUAUCCAUUUGAUAUCAUUCUUGUAGUUGUCUAUACUGGAACCAUGUUGUAAUUGACUUGGCUUUUUUAGAUGAGCUUCAUUUUGUUGUCCAACUAAUACCUGUUUAUAGAUGGGCCACUAGUCUCCCCCCAUCUCUUUGGGGCUUCUUCGGUAGAUGUCCACAAAGGUAUUUUUGAGUAGAGUCUUGAGUUGUCCUUUUUCCUUACUCUAAAUGGUGUAUUUCUCAGCAUGUAGCUCUUAAAAUUACAGUCAAAUAAUGUUUUUUCCAAAUAAGUAUCCAUACAAUCCCUAUCUUAAAUCAUGCCCAUUUGAUGUCAGUAAUCUUUUAUUAUUUAGAGUUACCCAUUCUUUCAUCCAAACUAGAGCUAUUGCUUGUAGUAUAGCUGUCUUUGACACCUUGCAAUUAUUUCAUUUUAAUUCUUGGUUUUUUGCCUUUUCAAAUAAAUUUGCUAAUAUUAUUUGAAGUAGGUAUCAUUUAAUAAGAUCAGUAUUGUCUGCAAAAGAAACAUAACUUUAGAGAGAACAUUAAUUUUAAUUGUAGAUAUUCUUCACAGCAAAGAAAGUCUAUCUAGGACCAUCAUUUUAGAUCUUUUUAUAUUCCAUUUCAUGCUUUUUCAUAGUUGUUUUUAUAUAGGUCUGCAUUUUUCAUAGUCACAUAGAUUCCUAAAUACGUGCCUUUGUUGGCAGUCUCAAUAUCUUUUUUCCCCCUUCAAGAUCCUCUGGUCUUACUGCUGGACAUUCAUAAUCAUUAUGUUUGUUAAUUGUAAGUUCAGCCACUUUUCCAAAGUCCUCAAUAAUUUCCAAUAUUUUAGGUAUUGUCCCUAUGAGCUCUUCUGUUGCUAUCACUACAUCAUCUGCACAGAGCCUCAACUUGAUGGGAGUACAGUGUUCCCUCACUACUUCGCAGUUCACUUUUCGCAGAUUUGAUGUUUCGUGGUUUUUCAAUAAACUCUAAAAGACUAUUAUAAAUCAUAAAAAAUUACAAUUUACAGCCUUAGGAAGAGAGGAAGGAGAAGCCAAAGGGAGAGAAAAGGAGCCCAAGCGGCAACAGGAGGAAAAGGAGGCGAUUUAUCAACACACAAUUGGUUGAUAAAGACUUAAAAUAGUGUAUAACUACUAAAAUAAUAUAUAAAUAUUAAAAUAAAUAUAGUGUCCCUACUUCACGGAUUUUCACUUACUGCGGGUUAUCCUGGAACCUAACCCCCGCAAUAAGUGAGGGAACAUUGUAUCUAGUUCUGUUAAGAAAAGGAUGUCACUGUAUUGUUCAACUAGGACAGAAAAUCUCUUUGAAAUAUUAAGUAUUCUUUAAAGCCACAUUAGUUGGGCUUUUUAAAAUGUAUCCUUAAAGGGCUUGGAGCCAUCUGCCUGUUUUGCUUUUUAUGUUAAAUGUCACCUAUUUUGUGGUGAAAUUUAGAUUUAAGGAGUUAUCUUCAGGAAAAGUAUGACCAUGUGACAUCCUUUUGAACCUUGUGCCUAGAGAGCCAUCACAACCUCCUUUCUCAUGUUUUAUCUUUCCAACAUACUACACUAGUUAUAGAUACCCAUUAUGAUGAAGCAGAUUGUCUUUGUUAAGAUUUUUAAAAAACAAAAUAUCUAAGCGAAGAUUUAGUUCUGUCGAUUUCUAGGUUUCUAGAAAAAAGCUUGACAAGUAGAGUACAAUUAAUUUCUUUAGCUCUGUUAUGCUGGUAUUUCAGCUGGAUAAAAUGAAAGCAGUUCUUUACUUGUGCCAGUUCAUAAUGGCUGGAAGUCCCACUUCACUGUGGUUUGCAAGCCUUCCUUAACAGAAAUACUUGGGGCCAGAAGUAUUUGGGAUUUUGGAAAACCUGUACAUAAUGAGCUAUUUUGGAGAUGAAACAUAAGCUUAAGCACAAAAUUCAUUACUUAUGUUUCAUAUAUACCUUAUAUACACAAAGCCUGCUGAUAAUUUUAUGCACAAUGGGUUACUGUAGUAUUUGCAGAAUCACUGGUUCAGAAUAGGACUGUAAUAUGAUUUCCAUGCCAUUGAAGAUGGCUAUCCUGAAAGAAACUUGGUGUCUCCAGGAUUAGAAGGCUGAGUUGUGAGAACUAUAAAAAUAUGAAUAACGUAUAAAGCAUAAAGGAAUUCCUUUCUUAUUAACCCUGCUUAUUUCUGAUGUUAUUUAUGAGUGCAUAAAAUGAAGCACUUGAUUCUUUGUUUUCAGAAAAUAUGGGUUUUUAUAUUCUAAUGCCAGGUUUUUGCUACUAUGUAUUUGUUACAUUGUUUAUAUGUUUUCCUUUAAUAAUGUGUAACACUUAAGAUACUGUGGGUCUGAUAUAAAGAAUUUCCCCAAAACAA